UCUAGAUGGGUUUUUUCAGAUCCAGGGCAUACUGCAGGUUGGGGAUAUUGUCUGUUCAGCGCUUUUUUCUUUAUUUAACGUUUUUUUAAAUGAUCACAAAAUAGGCAAAUGGAACCCGAGUUUAAUUUCCACCGCAUAUAACCUGGAAAAACAACGAACAAGAAAGCUUUGGGUUACAGCCAAUAGAGAAACAAGGAAAAUAUUAGCAGUUCUGCCAGAUUUGCAAUGUCUCCUUCAAGGCAUGAUACACAGCCCUCAAUGCACUCAAAGUCUUUGUCCAAAAGCUCAUAUAACUUACUAAGUGCCUUCUGCACUGAGGAGAAUGUAUCGCAGUGCAUUUCAUACAUCGAGCAGGAACUUUCCUUUCUGGGGUUUCCAUCAUUGUGUGGCGAGUCCAGUGGAAGCAGAGGUCUGAGCCCGGUCCUCGUUCUGAACACCGUGUAUGAACUCCUGCAGCUGCACAGUCGCGACCUGCGCUCUGUGGAAGAUCUGGAGACAGAGCAGCUCAAGUCAAAUCGUGAUCUGGAGUAUGUUCAGCUCAGCAACUCCCGGCUGAAGGAUCAAAUUGAAUUCUCCCGAAGGGAAAAUUCUGGCCUUCAGGAGAGAGAACGGCAGCUACAGCUGAAAAUAAAGAGCUUACAAAACUGCCUAAAGAAUGAGAAGGAAGAGGUACAGAAGCUUCAGAAUAUAAUUUCAAGCCGUGCCACGCAGUAUAACCAUGAAAUGAAAAGGAAAGAGAGGGAAUACACCAAACUAAAAGAGCGAUUGAAUCAGCUUUUAAUUGACAAAAAGGACAAGAAACUUGCUAUUGAAAUCUUGAAUUGUGUGGGAAGGUCGGAUGGAAAGAGAGGCCUUUGGAAAACUGGGAGAACUGAGGCCAGGCAUGAGGGGGAAAUGUACAAGAUGCUACUGAAUGAUUAUGAGAAUCGUCAAAAAGACUUGAUGAUGGAGAAUGCAGAACUGAAGAAAGUCCUACAGCAGAUGAAAAAGGAAAUGGUGUCCAUUUUAAGUCCAAAGAAGCACUGUCUGAAAGGUGAAAAACUGGAAGAUGGUCUAGAAACGGUGGGCUCUGACAAUGAGGAGGAGCUGUAUGAUUCCAGUCGGGAGUCUUUGGAGCUGUCCUGCGAGCAUGCACGGGAGCAGCUCACCAACAGCAUCCGCCAACAGUGGAGACGUCUGAAGAACCAUGUGGAGAAACUGGACAAUCAAGCAUCAUUGGCGCAAAUGGAUGUGCAGGUCAGUAAUGAUGUCAUCUCCCGGGAGGCCCAUGAGGAAGAGAUGGAGAAGGUUCGGUUGGAGAUUCAGGAAUGUAAAGACGUCAUUCAAACCCAGCAGCAGCUCUUGCAGCAGCAACUGAGCUCCCCCUGUGAUGACGAGACCGCAGACCUGCUCAAUGACUGCUACAUGCUAGAAGAGAAGGAGCGUCUCAAAGAGGAGUGGAAGCUCUUUGAAGAGCAGAGGAAAAACUUUGAAAAGGAACGAAAGAAUUUCACUGAGGCUGCCAUAAGAUUAGGCCAUGAGAGGAAAGCAUUUGAAGAGGACCGAGCAACUUGGCUCAAACAUCAGUUUCUGAACAUGACUCCAUUUACAGAACGCACAAAAUCCCAUACUCCAAAACCUCAAAGUGCCUUAUCAGUUUGUACCGAGCCAGAGGUUAAAAAUUCAUCCACUCCUGCACGACUGGGUGAAUCACCAUCUCAUACCACUUUUACCUCACCGAAAGCCGCCCCUGUGAGGAUGCCAUCUACAGCAGAUCUCAACAAUACUCUUUGUCUCGUCACUGACCACAGCUCAACAAAAGCACUACCAAAGAGGGGGAGUUGGCAAGACUCUGACAUCAUGCAUAGCAGCAAACUUUCAAUCAAAUCAAGUUACUGCAAUGGAACAGGUGACACAAGCAUAUUUUCUCAUGCUGGAGAAGAUGAUGACCAAAUCUAAGGCCAUUUGGGACCACCUCAGUACUUUGUUUUGUUUUUUUAAGCCGUAUCCAUGAGUUUCAUGAGUGGAUUUUGUUUUAUAACAUACCAUGGUUUGAUGAAUCUGUAAUGUUGGGGGUGACGGAGAGCCAGUUGCGACUAGGAGAAAACCCCUUCAAAAAGCGCGCACGCGAACGUGUUCGCCACUAAUACUCCCAAAACCCAACGGAAGUAAAUACUUUCCUUCUCCCGAGACAGAGGGAGGAACAAAAACAAACCCGAAGGCGACUCAGAAUAACUAAACAGAAAAGAAGCCCAAAAACUGGCUGAGGAGAAAAAUAAAACAACCCUUUAAAACUGGGCGAAAUAACAAACCAAACUUGGUGCUUGUAAACCCUCAGUGAUGUAGUGGACUGAGGAAAUCCCGAAAAGAAAAUACAACCUAGCGAAAAAAAUGCUAGGCACAAUAAAAUAAAACCCACGAGACGCAGCUCGGGAAUAAAAGACAAACAAAAAUACAGUUACCGGGGACACCGUCCCUCUACCCACGACUCACACGAGUCUCAAAUAAAAAGAACAAAGAACCUUAAAGGAAGGCGCCAGUGAACAAGAGCGACCAACUGCACGCCAACCUUACCCGUAAUAGCAAUCUCAAUACUACCAGCACAAUACCGGACUCAUAGAGCAAGAGUCUACCCUGUGCUUUUACCGGCUUGGUAUAAGAGCGAACAGUUAAUACACAAGCACUGAACGGAAGGCAGGACUGGGUUUAAAUAGUCUCCCGGGAGGUAAUUCCCCUGAAGUAAAUGAGGAUCAGGUGAAAUCAAUGAUCCUCAGCCCUCAGGUGGUGACCAGGGGUAUUACCUCCCACCCUGACAGAAUCAGAAGAAAUCAAGCCAAGCACUUGAACAAACAUGCCAAACCCAAUGCAUCUUGAAAAUGUUUGUACCAAUUUAAAAAUGUGAACCUUUUAUUCCAUUCAAGGCAGUUCAUGUAACCUGUGUAACUAUAGAUCUAUAUUGUAGAAUUCAGCAUCUGCUAUUGCUGUGUGAUUUUGAAGUUGAGAUCAACAUUUUAUCAAGGUGUUUUUUGUAUGUAGAAAUGUACAUUUUGACUGGUCUUAUAUUUGAGUGUAUGUGUUGUAUUGUGUUAAUAAGAUGGUUUAAGUUUAAUGUUUACAUGAAUGCAGUUAUUAGCUAUUUGUAUCAUUUCUUGGUUGGGGAUAUCAUUGUUUAUGCCUUUUCCCCCAACUUUGGUGAGUCUUGGAGGUUUAGAAUGUAAGAAUUUAUAGUUGGCCAAUGAUUAUGGCCAAUGCUGCUUAUACAAACGAUGCAAUAAUAUCUUGGAAUAAAUUGAAUAAAAUGUC